CUGUCUGUGUUUGUGUGUGUCUGUGUGUGUCUGUGUGUGCGCGCAUGUCUGUGUGUGUGUGUGUGCGCGCAUGUCUGUGUGUGUGUGUGUGUGCGUGUGCGCAUGUCUGUGUGUGUGUGUGUGUGUGCGCGCAUGUCUGUGUGUGUGUGUAUGUUUCUGUGCGUGUGUCUCUGUGUGUGUGUGUGUGUGUCUCAGUGUCUUUAACAUCACUUCCUGUGAGAGAAGUUUCAUUAUUGAUUAAUGAUUAACUUUAUCAACAUUCCUUGUUCCUGGAACAGACGUCUCCUGAGGCAUUAUGGGAAAUUAAGUGUGUUCAAACAAAACAAACGUGUGUGUGAGAGAGACGGGGGGAGAAUGAGGAAGUGAACUUUGACCCUGCCUCUCACACUCGUUGGAUCUUACAGUCACAUUCUGGUUCUGCUGUUUAACUGAUCUGGAGCCUAAACAGAAACAAGACUAGGACCAGAACCAGGAUGAAGCUGGAUCUGAAGGUCCAGCUGCUGAAGUUCUGCUCACUUCUACUCAACUUCCUCCUACUGGCUCUGGGCCUGAGUGUGACGGGCUGUGGCGCCUGGAUUCUCUUUGACAGAGGGAACUUCCUGUCACACCUGGCGUCAGAGGAGUUGUCUGCUGUGGCGUUCAGCCUCCUGACAGUUGGUUGUGUGGUGAUAGCGGUUAGCAUCCUUGGAUGUGUUGGAACAACGACAGAACACAGGCUCCUCCUACUGGUAUACCUGGGCUUCUUCAUUGUCCUGAUCUUGGGUCAGCUGUUUGUCACACUGCUGCUGCUCAUCAACAGAAACAAGAUAGAGGACAGUGUGGACACAGCUCUGGACGUCCUCAUCUUUCACUUUGGAAACAGCAGUAGUUCUGAUGACGUUCUGAUCAAUAACCUGCAGAUUCAUGGGCGGUGCUGUGGCAGGACAGGACGCUCUGAUUGGCUGAAGAACACUUUCAUCAACAGCCUGAACCUGAGUGAACCUCAUGUUCUUCCAUGUUCCUGUUUCAACUCCUUUCAAAGCAGCACUGACUCCAUCUGGUGCUUAGAGAACCUGAACCUGGACGUCCAACAGAACUUGGAUUUCCCACAGAACCUGAAAGCCACAGAGACACCUGUGUUCGGGAAAGGAAACAGUUCCUAUGAACAGGGCUGUAAACAGGCGCUCAGUGAUUGGCUGCAGGAAAACAUUCUGACCAUUGUCGCCAUGGACAUCAGCCUCAUGGUUCUUCAGGUUGUCCAGGUGGCAGUUGUCGUGUCUCUGUAUCAAACGUUUGGAAGAAAAACCUCUUUGAAAGAAGCCAAUCAGCUUAUUGAUCCUGACCCCACCCCUUCUGAGGAUUAUCAGAUGAUUGACGAUCAAAAUCACUCAUCGGUUAUUCAGUGUACCAAUCUGCAAUAAAUAACAGUAUAAAUCUACCACAGCGUCCCCUGGUGUUCACACAGAGCAUUACAUCCAAUCAUUCAUAAACAUCUGUGAUUUAGUUUUAUAGAUAUCAUCAUGCACUUGUUUUAUAUUUGUGUAGUUCUUCCAUGAUGCUGGUGAGUGAUGUCAUCAGUGAUGUCAUCAGUUUAGCCGCAUGUGGUCAUUCACUCUCUUGCUUAAAGACUUCAGAUGAUGUUGUUGUGACUCUACAAAUAAAACUGAAUUGAAUUUUAA